AUGUGUUUUCCCACUCUCCCCUUUCCUUCUCACACUGACUUGGCUCUGCCGAGCGACCUUGUCCUUCCCAGCGAAUGGGAUCAUGAUACGGAAAUGCUGAACGAGGAAGAGUUGUCGGCAACUUCUCAUGAAGAGGCCGGCAAGGUCUUGGAACAAUGGCAAACAGACAACGAUCAAGAUCUUGACAUCAUGGAAGUUGAUGAGCAGAUCGGAUCUAAUCUGCUGGGGGAUGAAAUCUUUGGAACUCCUCCCUGUGUCUCUCCAACACACCAGCAAUUGGGAGAAAUUCACAUGGUAACUCCCGACCGCCAAUACUCCUCUGCUCACUACUCUCCUCAAGAAAACAAGUCGACUUACCUCGACGAGCGCUACCGCGCUACCUUGCUCAAGCUACAAGAAUCCAUGAAGCGCUCUCAAGAUACUCGCAGGGCUUUGGUGGUCGAGACCCCCAAGACGGAAAAAUACGCACGACGAAAUAGCGUCCAUGGCGUCCUUUCCAACAUUGAGAAUUCAUCUCGACAGGUCAACCACUACCUUCGAACGAUCCAAAGACAUGUCUAA